UCAAAUACCGGAAAUUUUCAAAGCAUGAAUACUACGAAAAGAAGCUUAAUGGAUCAAUUUUUGGAUCCAAAUUCCAGUGACAGUGAUCCUGAAGAGUCUAAAGAUCAAGCAAUGGAUGAUGAAAGAGGAUUCAGCUCUAUGAAGAAUAUUAAAAAGCCGAUCAGCGAUCCUCUUGCAGAGAGUAUUUUAAAUACCGUUGAAAAGAGGGCCUCUGAAAAGAUCUUGCCUCCACAACUUAAUAGAGGCUAUUCUUUCUGUCAGCAAGACUCUGAAAUAGGAUAUUCUGCUCCCUCUGUAAAGAACAUCUUCCAUCAAGGAGUCAACUGUAAGAAGAAUUUGUUCGGUGAUGAGGAAGAGGACGAGAACAAGGAUCCUAAUUUUGAUAUUAGUAUGUCAUCUUCUCCUGAAAAAGGCUUUAAAACCCCUAUAGAUGGCCUACUAGAUGACUUAUCUCGAAAGUCUAAGAGUAAGUUUUGAUUUUAUUACAUCUUUAGCUAUCUCGGCCAUCAAGAAGCCCCAGAACUUCAAACAGAAGUGGAACAAAGGAGACAUCAUCUUCAAGGGAAAAUACUCUUCAGGUGUCACUCCAAAAUAUGAGCGGCCUGUUUUAAAAAUAAAAAGUAGAGGGAAUAAGAGAAAACGAUCAGAUCUUGACGAAAUCGACCAGAGUAUCAGUUCUGCUGAGAAGGAAGAUAAUCCCUUCCUUAACAUAACACCGCAGAUGAAGCGUAAGGUCAGGAAGUGAUCUUUCCAAGCAGAGGAGAAGGAUGCCCAGCUUGAGUACGCGUCCCCGCCAAGGGACAAGAAGGUUAUUUGUGAAACACCAACUCCAGCAAAGACACUUUGGAAGUAUCCUAAUAUUUUGGAUGAUGGGACUCCCAUUAAGAACUACGAGGACGUUAUGGAGCUUGCCAAACACUCUAGCGAUAGAGGUAACCGCUUCCAUAAUGAUUUUGAAGAGAUUAGCAUCAUUGGUAAAGGACAUUUUGGAUCGGUGAUCAAAGCUAGGAACAAGUGUGACGGCAUUGAAUAUGCUAUUAAAAUCACUGAGAAACAGAACCCUAAGAAUAGGAUGAGGCUAGGUGAAGCUUUGCAAGAGGCUUAUGCCCUGGCAGCCCUCAGCGUCAGCUCAGAGAAUCCUUACAUCGUUAGAUAUAACACUGCAUGGCAUGAAAACGAGCAGCUUUAUAUUCAAAUGGAGCUUUGUGAGAAAUCACUGUUUGACAGAUUCGAAGAAGUUGGGACUAAUCUCUCAGAGAAAGAAAUCAAAGAAAUCCUCAAGGACAUCUGCUUCGGCCUUAAAGAGCUCCAUUCUAAAGGAAUCGUUCACCUAGAUGUCAAAUUGGAGAAUAUAUUACUAGGAAAUUGCGGAAAGUACAAAUUAGGAGACUUGGGAAUGUCUCGAGUUAUUGAUAAAAUAAAAGCUGAUGUUCCGGAAGGAGAUUCUAGAUACCUCGCACAUGAGUUAUUGAACAAUGAUCCAAAUGCCCCACUUCCUGAUCUCAAGAAGUGAGAUGUCUUUGCCCUAGGUAUCUUAUCCUACGAACUAAUGCAAGGUGUGCGAUGUCAGAAAAAUGGCACUGAAUGGCAAAACUUGCGUGAGGAUAACAUUCAUUUCUCAAAGGAAGACAACUACAGCUCUGAAAUAAAAGAAAUGGUAACUACAAUGCUUAGUUCUGACCCAAAGAAGAGGCUCAGUAUUGAAGAGAUCCUUGAGAAAUACCUUGAUGAAGACAAGAAGAGAUCUGUAACACUCGAACAUAUCUGUAAGAAAUUAUUCCUAAAAUGCAAGCAGCUCAACGAGGAGAAUACCAGAAACCUACAAGAAAAACAAACCGCAGUUAAUGACAAAGAUCUUGCAAUGAAGCAAAAGGAAGAACUUUUGAGACAAAACGAGGAAUUGAGGAAGAUAGUAGCUCAGUUGCGAAACGGAGAAUAAUUUUUCAAAUUUUGGUUGACAAA